AUGAGCAGGCGCCGGCUUCCCACCGACCUGCCCCCCAACUUCCGAUAUCCGCUAAUGACUCCUGAUAAUGAUCGCGAAUCGUUUGCGGAUUACGAUUUGUAUGAUGGCGAUGCCGGUCGCUCUCGGGAGCCUUUGGUCUACCCAAAUUACCAACCCCGCGAGCGGAGCCCCGCUCCCCAGGUUGUGCGCGUCGCAAAGCAGCCUGAGAUGAUCAGAAGACAAUCACUCAGGCCCUUCUCAGGCGACUGGGGCACUGCUGACGCUGUCAACGUGGCCGGCGAUUCAAAAGUACCGGGGUCUUUUCAGGAUACAGAUGCAGAGGGUAGGGCAACGGAGAUUCUCGACGCCGUUCCACGAGGCGCUUACUCUCACCCCAUCGAUAGCGCCGAUUUUUACACUGAUGAAUCGGAUGAAAACUUGGAUUUUGGGCAUGAGGAGCCUUUAAUCUUUCCACGACUUACACUAGAAGAAGUGGUGCAAGAGGUUGCUCACAUCUUGCGGACUCGAUCAAAACCCGCUAGCGAAGGCUUUACCUACGUUUUCGCCGAUCCCACCGGGCACAAUAGAUUCUACAAGAUUGGCAGUGCAAAGAAUGUUUCCACCCGGGCGAAUGAUCAUCGCAAGAUCUGCAAUAUCUCUUACUUCAGAGCCCAGAAGAAACCUGCCACUCCUCUCUGGCAAUACAAGCGGCUCGAGAAGCUGGCCCAGGCCGAACUAAUCAAUAUGAGCUACGAUCCCAACUGCAUUUGCGGGAUUCAACAGCGCCAGUAUUUCUGGGGAAGGGCGGAAACUGCUUUCGAGACAAUCGAGUUUUGGUCCAAAUGGCUACUGAAGCACUCUCCGUACGAUAAGAGCGGCCGCUUGCUACCAUUCUGGGAAUAUCGACUGAGGGUUUUUGAAGCGAAAAUUCAGAAGAACUUUGACUGCCAGGGCGCCAAAUGCAUGAAGCAUAGCGCGGAUGUCAUCGCCUGUCCUAUUUGCCUUCGUGCAGGAUGGAAAGCAUGGACUGAGCCAUCGGGGCUUGAUAAGAUCGAAUUCGUUUCUCGAACACAAAUCGGUAGUCCUUGGGUUCACAAGAUCCUGCUCUACUUAUACAAAUACAUUCCAAUACAGGAUAGUGUAUGGGUUACCUCUAUUGACGGCCUAGCGAGGGCGGUAUCCUUGUGCGACAGGUUUAAGAGCCCUGCAAUAUUACUCAACCUCUUGUAUGCCCGGCUUCUCAUACCUAUGCUUUGGUCGACAAUCUUCACAACAGCCGAAUAUUUCUCGUUCUUUGCUAUUAUGGAGAUUCUAGUAUUCUCUGCGAUCUAUCAACUGGUCAGGUUAGAGCUUGCUCAGCUCGGCGUACACAGGCGUGGCACGGAGAGACUGAGCAAGGACAGCCGCCAAAUUCGUCGAAAGGCUCUCCCGCCCUCCUCAGAUAGAGCAGUCGAUGAAGCAAGCUGUCGAAAACAUUCAAAGGAACCGAGAAUUCUGGAGAUCCCAGAUGAUGAAGAUGGAGAUAUCCUGCACCAAGCACCGUCCAGCGGCGGCGGCGGCCAAAAAAUUCGACAAGCACCAGUGUUUCUUCCUCCUAGCGAGGCGGCUACGCGCCUGAAACGGUUCCAACCUGUUCUAAAGGCUCAAGGAUAUCUAAUCGGAGGAAAAUGCUUAUGCUUACACCUCCGCUUACUAAUGAGCUUAUUCUGUGGCCACGAGGGCUUUGUCAGCGGCAGGUCCCGGAGUCUGACCGGCACCUUCCUGCUUUCUUCAUCAUCUUUUACAUCAUGUUUUCUCGUGCGAUAUUGCUCAGGUUCACUCCUCUAG